CCAAUAAAGAUCACGAAGAAUGAUAAAAUAAUAUUAACAAUAUGAUAGAGAGACUUUGUUGUUGUUGUUUUUUUUCAGCCUGAAAUGAGAACAGUUCCUGAUCAUAUACCGAGACCAGAUUAUGCUUCACAUCCAGAAGGUGAACCAUUGUCAGAGAGAGCAAUGCGGGGAAACAACAGUAUUAGAAUACUAACAGAUGAGGAACAAGAGGGAGUGAAACAAGCUUGUAGAAUAGGUAGAGAGGUACUAGAUAUCGCAGCAAAGGCUAUUGGUAUAGGUGUCACUACUGCUGAAAUUGAUACUGCAGUUUAUCAGGCAUGUAUAGACAGACAAUGUUACCCUUCACCUUUGAAUUAUUAUUGUUUUCCUGCAUCAUGUUGUACGUCAGUAAAUGAGGUUAUAUGCCAUGGAAUUCCAGAUUCUAGAAAACUGGAAGAUGGUGAUAUAGUUAAUGUGGAUAUAUCAGUGUAUUAUAAAGGUUACCAUGGAGAUUUAAAUGAGACAUUUUUUGUGGGUAAUGUUGAUGAAAAAUACAAGAAGUUGGUGAAGGUUACCUGGGAAUGUCUAGAUAAUGCCAUUAAAGAAGUUAAACCUGGUGUGCGGUACCGAGACAUUGGUGCAGUGAUACAAAAACACGCUCAGGCUAACGGUUUCUCUGUGGUGCGUAGUUACUGCGGUCAUGGAAUACACCAAUUGUUUCACACAGCUCCAAGUGUUCCUCACUAUGCCAAAAACAAAGCAAUUGGUGUUAUGAAACCAGGUCAUUGUUUUACCAUCGAGCCUAUGAUAAAUGAAGGAACAUGGAGAGAUGAGACCUGGCCUGAUAAAUGGACAGCAGUGACAGAGGACGGGAAACGAUCUGCUCAAUUUGAACACACCCUUCUAGUAACAGAAACAGGCUGUGAGAUACUGACAAGAAGACUGGAGAAAGAUGGGCAGCCUCAUUUCAUGGACCAGUUGAAGUGAACUUUGUCGUCUGCUUAGGUCAUAAAAAAUUUAACAAAUUAAGAAUUGAUAAAAAAAAAAAGCUGGGAAAAAAUGCUUUAUUCUGAACCACUUUUCAUCAAAAUUCAUGUGCUUUUCACUAGAUUCUUAUUGAGUCAAGAUCAGUUAACAAAUAGUUGUAUUUUGUUACACACCUAUAUAAGUUUUUGUGAAUUAAAUAUUCAGUUUAAUAGUGAUUAACCUACUUUUGAAAAUUUCAUUUUUUUAACCCAUUUGUUUGCAAAACAAUUAAUUUGCUUAAUGAAGUUUGGAAUGUAAGACAUUUAAAUGAUGUAUUACAACAACUUCCAGUUUUUUAUACCUUUAAAUGUAGGUAUUUAAGAUUUAUUUUCCCUUUUUGGUUAUGCUGUGUUUUAAAUGUUGAAGUUUUAAAUGUUAAAUGUUAAGAUUGGUUUACUGUAUGACAGUGUAGUAUCUGGACUCAGAUGCUCUCUUUAGUUUUGUAAGGAGUUAACCUUCACCUGAUUUUCACGAUGCAUUAAUCAAUAAUUACAGUAUAAACACAGGUGACUGUAAGAAUGCUAGCUUUGAAACAAACUAUGUUUGAAUACAUGUGGUGAUACUUCAUUAUAAAAAUAACCCACAAUUUAUUGGAAGCCUUUAGUUUCUGAUAAAGCAAUUCCAUACAUAUAUAAUUUGCUAGCAGAAGUAAUUUCUCAUUAUCACUGAUUACAUUGAUCUUUUCUUGUAUAUUGUGAUAUUUAACCUUUGAUCUAUGUACCGGAUUGGGUUUGUGUAGAAUGCCUGAUCUGAUUCUGUUUGUAAUUUUUGUUCAAAAGUAUGAUUUUCAGUUACAGUUACAAACUAGUUCUUGUUACAAAGUCUUUGAUUUAUUUUUGUUGCAAAGUUCCUUCAAACUAUUCAACUUUUCUAUAAUAAAGUUUGACAUUUAUAAUUAAGGACUUUCAAGUGGUAUAUAGAGUUGAGCUGGUUUAUGAAAGGUCAUAUUUUCAAGCAAGGUGCUUAUAGAUAUAAUUUAACUAAUGUACAGUAUGCCACAUCUUCUAGUCUUGUCCAUCAGAAAAAUUGCUGUUACAGUGUCAGUUUUAGUUGUUCAAGUUGAAAUUUAAAGGCAAAUAAUGUUGUGUCAGAUUAGAAAGUAGUUUUGUAUAUUUUGCCUUGGUUAUUUAAUCUCAGGAUAUUGAAAAUUGAACUUGAUUAUAAUUUUACUGCUUUCCCUAUUUAAUUUGAAAGGGAAUAUAAUAGGAAAAUUGAUUACGCAAACAAAUCACAAAGUAAACUAUCCAAUUCUAGUUUUAUGUUCAAUUGAUAAACAUGUGUCAUCACUUGUUUCCGAACAGAGGGAGGUUACAGGAGUGGCCUUUGUACACCAUUUUGCCAAAACACGGCUAUAAGUAGAUCUACCUUUAAUUGACUUGCAUCAUCAACACCAAACUUUGUAUAAAGCCUUUGAGGAUGUUAGGAUUGCUACAACGAACUUACCUUUCACAUUGUUACACACAAGAUCACAUGUAAGAUGGACAAUUUUACAACAUCUUCUUAUAAACCAUUGUUGUAUUUACUAUGUUUAGCAAAACAGAGCCUUUUUGUUUGCUCUGCACUUUUGUACACUGCAUAAUAUAAUGCUUCUUAGUGCAAAACGAAUUUCAGCCUAGAACUUUAUGUUAUAAUCACUUUUUGAUGUUUAUGACUAGUUAAAGUUUUACUUGAUACAUCAUCAUUAUAUGAUCUAUCUGUACUUCUGUUUGAUUAAGCCUUUUAGUUUUUUUUGAAAGUAAAUGAUACAUUAUUUUUCACAGCCCAGUUGUUUUAAUCUGUCAAAGAUUGUAUACACUUAUACAAUGUAUAUGUAUUUUUCUGGAUUUUGAUGAUAUUAAAGAAAAAACCAAUUUUAAAACUAAAUUUUAUCCAUUUUUUGAAUACAAAGCUUUGAAAGGGAUGAUUAAAUACCCAAAACUUGCAUUAAUAUCUCCAUAGUGUUUCUGUAUUUUGUGAUUUAAAUAAAAAAACAAAUUUGCAGUCAUACGUCACAUUGGAAAGGUUUACUCCAUAGCAACCAUUUCUGUAUACAUGUAUCUUUAUUUAUAUCAUAUAAUGUAAGUUUGAAUAUAGAAAUCAACUCUAGUUUCAAUUUAAAAAUAUAUAUCUUACAGUUAGAUAUUUCUAGUUGAGAAAGUUAAAAAUAAGGAAGAAUGUUUAUAAUUAUUUCAAAUUUAUUUUUGGAAAUAUGCCAUUAAGCUCUAUUUUUUUAUGGAAUGGACAAUUAAUUAUAUUUCAAACUGAGAGAAUCUCCUUAUGUGAGAGGUUAAGUUACUUGCAUUAAUAAUAAAUCAUUUGCUGCUGGGAGAUAUGUAGCCAUGUGCUUGCUUAUUUGAAAUAAUGUACAGUAAUGUAUGUACUGAAUGUAUGCAAGGAAAUGACUUAAAAACUUUUAAGACUUACCAUGAUGUAAUUAAGUAAUGGACUUUUUUUUAUAUGAUUAUCAUUUUACAAUGCUGCCAUGUAAUGGUUUAUAGCUUUGUGUGUCAGUGUCAGCCCAUAAACCAGACCUUGGAAAGUUGUCUGACUAGAACACUAGGCUAUACAGUCUAAAGAUCUUGUGUUUAAGUUGACCAUGACUAGAUGGCCCCUAUUGAUUGUGAGGUUAAGUUGGUUAAGAUUAAGGUCAUUGACCUUGAUCACAAAAUGCAUGUCACACUGAUAACCAGAGAACACUGUGACCUUGGUGAAAGGUCACAGUAACAGAGUUGGUAGGGUGCACACAUAUUUCUAGUUUGUAUAUGAAACAUGUUCAUAUUCCUGUCACUUGUUGAAUUAUACAAUCAUAACUUAGCAUGUAAAAUUAUCUUUUGAAUAAAUUAUUUGAUAUUAAACAACUA